AUGGCCUACAGGAGAACUGAUAUGGUUCCCGGCGGGGAGAGCGUAAUCACGGAGGACGAUGCCGCCGCCGGCAGCGGUGGUCUCCAUGAAUCAUGCACUAACGGCGCGCGCGUCAGGGAACGCGCUGCGGCCACCAUAAAUUAUUUCCGCGGUUCGAUCGAGGUGACGGUGAGGUCGGCGGCGUUGUUCCCCGGGCGGGAGUUGAGGAUCAGCUGCUUGGAGAGGGACACGGUUGGGGAAUUGAAGCAGGAGAUCAGGAGCAAGUGGCCCGUGUUCGUUAGGGACGACAUCACGCUGUACAGAUCCGCCGCCGACGGAGGACGGCCGGUGAAGAUGGAGGACGACGACGCCGCUUUGAGCGAGUAUUCGGUGAGUGACGGCGCCGUUAUUGAUGCGGAGUAUGCUAGGGCGGAUGGCUGGCAGCGCAUUCGUAGUAUGACUUAA